AUGGCAGACCUUGAACCACCAGACCGCACUACUGCCAUAGUUGAAACGCUCAAAUGGCUCGUCGCCGAAGUCAGGACCGAAGCUUCUAAGCCCAAUCGCCUUAACACUGGAGACUACAUAUCGCCAUGGAAAUCACAGAAAAAUGUAGAAGAUAUCUACGCGCUUCUCGAUGCAAAUAUGAAUGAGCUGAAAGCGGCUGUGGACCUCGUCGUUACUGGUAAUGAACUCUUGAACCUGAACUCUGCAAAGAAGCUUGGCUUGCAAUCGAUGUCUACCACUUCUGAGAACGACGCACAGUCAGAUUCAAGCCAGCUGGACUCUGCCCGCCAGUCUAUCCGCAUCACCAGAACUCAGGCCUUGGAGCUAGCGCUAGACUCAAACCAGAUGGCUCAGUUAGAGCCAAGCCCUAACCGCUACGGGAAACAUAUCGAUGACCGCGAUGACGUACUAACCUUGGAGCUACGGCAGCUCGGAAAGAAUCUUGCCGCCACAAUAGAUGCCCUUGACUCUGAUGUUGAGCAGAUCCAGAAGGCUCAGGUGUCUGGUUUGGCAGAAGCAAUGAAGCGUCGUUCAACGGAUACAUGGGACCUCGAACCGAAAGAUAGCCGAAAUAUCAACAAAAAUGCCGCUACGGUUGAUUCCUAG